AUGCUUUGCCCGUAUGUUCGUUGUCAUCUUGUUUCUAUGCAACCAAUUGUCUUUCAACGGGUUAUAAUUCCGAACAAUAUUCCCGAAUUAUUUCUCUCACAAAUCAAACCUGAUUCAGCAACAAAUAGUGGAGCUUUUGCUUUGUUAUAUGGAAGAUUAGUCAGCAAAAGUGUUAUCGUCUCUAAAUUAUUACCUUGUUCACUCGAUACAAUCCGAAAUUACCGGCGUUUUGUUCCAGAUCCUGAUUCACCAGAUGAUAUUCCGAUUGUUGGAUGUAUUUGCUCAUCUCUAACUAAAGCUUGUCAAGCUGGAUUUUUUCGAGUUUGUCAAAUAUCUGAAAUGGUCUGCAUUGUUUGCCCGCCUGGUCCAAAUCGAACAGUUCUUUUGCAUUUGGUUAAUAUGUCGCCAUCUGGGGGUGCUUCUCCAGCAAAUGCUAAUUGUUUAACCUCAUCAGGCGUUUCUGUAUUACCUUGCCAGCAUCAGCAUAUCACGGAUUCGAUUGUAGCAUCAAUUGUACGUCUAGAAAAUAACGCUCCCACUACAAUCACUAGCUUAUAUCAACAACAGCAGAAUGGUAUCGGAUCAUUAUCCUCAAUUGGCGUUGAUGUUGAGAGCAACAACGCUGGAUUAAAUCCAAAGAGCAACAACGUACUAAAGAUUUCUCCAAAAAUAGAACCUCCAAGUGACGAUAUUGUUGCAUUGCCAGGGCCAGAAGCCAGCGUUGGUGGAAACAUUAAUAGCAGCAGCAACGGAAGUAAUUCAGCGAGCUAA